GGUCAGUGCAGGCUUCCGUAGUCCUCGUAGUGGAAGAAUGGCCGGCUGGAUGUGGCUCCGUUGUAUUUUAGGGCCUCAUCUGCAACGAAUUCACCGUGCACCGGAUCAGCCUCGACCUGAAGGCAGAGCGGGAAGAAGGGGAUGGAACUACCAACCCCGGAGUCUGGAGAAGCACACUGACAGCAUCCUCAGCUGGGCUUCAGCAAUUUGGUCGCUGUCUUACUACAGCUCUCCUCUUCUGCUCUGCUAUCUGUACAGAAAAGGUUACAUCUGCAGCAGUAAGCUGGUUCCUGUGAGUCAGUAUGUGGGAACUGUGCUGGUGUGUCUUUUAGGAGUGGCCUGUCUUAGAGGGUGGGGGAGAUGGAAAAACUCAGAAUAUCUUCAGUUUAUCACCAUUCUUGAAGAAACAAAGAAGGACAACACAGCACCAAACAAAAAAAAUGUGAGGUGCUAUGACUUUGACUUCUUGAACUGGCCUUCGGAUUUCAGUUGGACAGAAGUCAGCAAUCCGAAACUUUCCAAGGCUGGUGUUUCUCUGUUGAAGCCAGAGCCCAGAUUAAGAGGAGCAGCAGACAGCAUCUUGAACUCUGUGCGCACAGUACCAUGCCACAUCAUAAGUUUCCUUAUUGUCCACUCAUUUGGGAGAAGGAUGUUGUACCCUGGCUCUGUAGGUUUGCUGCAGAAAGCCAUGAGGCCCAUGCUCCAGCAAGGCCAGGCUAGGUUAAUAGAAGAGUUUGAUGGCCAAAGAAACAAACUUGUGGCAUGCGAUGGUAAUGAGAUCGACACAAUGUUUGUGGAUCGAAGGAGAGACGGGGGACAGAAAGGCCAGACUCUGGUCAUCUGCUGUGAGGGGAACGCAGGCUUCUAUGAGGUGGGCUGCAUGAACACUCCACUAGAGGGUGGAUACUCUGUUCUGGGCUGGAACCACCCUGGCUUUGGUGGCAGUACGGGAGUGCCAUUUCCCCAGAAUGAGGCCAAUGCCAUGGAUGUAGUGAUUCAGUUUGCAAUGCACAAGCUCGGCUUCGAACUCAAAGACAUUGUCGUGUAUGCCUGGUCCAUAGGAGGAUUCACAGCCAGUUGGGCGGUGAUGUCAUACCCAGAGAUCCAAUCAGUAGUGUUAGAUGCAUCCUUCGAUGACCUUCUGCCUCUGGCCCUCAAGGUCAUGCCGGACAGCUGGAGACCAUUAGUGCAGCACACAGUUAGACAGUACAUGAACCUCAACAAUGCUGAGCAGCUUGUCAAAUAUCAGGGACCAGUCCUGCUGAUCAGGAGAACAAGAGAUGAGAUCAUCACCACAAAGGGGCCAGAGGAUGUCAUGUCUAACAGAGGCAACGACCUCCUGCUCAAACUGCUACAAUUCAGGUACCCAAAAAUAAUGACAGAUGAAGGGAUUAGAGCUGUCAGACAAUGGCUGGGCUCCUCUAAUCAGAUAGAGGAAGCAUCUGUGUACAGCGGCUACGAGGUGGACGAUGACUGGUGUGUGUCUGUGCUUCAGUCGUAUCAGGCAGACAGAGAUGUUGUGUUUCCAUGGAGUGUCGGUGAGGAUAUGACCCUGGAGGGAAGGCGGCAGCUAGCUCUUUUCUUGGCACGGAAGUACAUGCGAAACUUUGAAACAACACACUGCACUCCUCUCCCCGCCUCCGAGUUUCACCCACCCUGGAGACUGUGAAGAAAAAGAAGGAUGGAUGAGAGGAAAUGAACAGCGCAGAUUCAGAUGGCCUGUGGUCAAAGUGUGUUCCUGGCCUGGUGUGAAUGUAUUACUGUGAUUGUGUUCCAGAUUUAUUUCCCACCCCAGGUGAGAUUUGUUUUUAACUUUAGUGCUGCCGUCGGGGCAUCUGGAAAGAUCCAGUCUACUGACGCCCCCAUCCAAAAACCUGUAAAAUAUGGUAAUUUUUUUUUUUUUUAGGUUAGUGUUGAGUCAUACUUUUCAGUGUUCGUCUUUUAAAAUAAAGUAUGCAUUUUAUGUAAAUGCACAAACAACUCUCACUCCUUCCAUUGUUCCCUCUUUGGCUGUAUUUGUAAAGAUGCAAAUCUACAUAGACGAGCAUUUUAACAUCUUAAUAUCAAAAAAGAAUCCUCACAGCAUCCAGUUGGAGGAAUACUUUAAAAAUGCAGCCAAAGUGUAAAAGCUUUUCAGGUUUUUUUUUCUGUGAGCACUGUCUUUACGAACAAAGCUGUAUCUGAAAUGAUGCUCUUACAUGUUCUAUUAUAUAUGCGGAAUAAAAUGUUUCACACAAGGGACUAAA